UGGGGGGGCCCCGGGUGGGGGAGGGGCUCGGCGCGGUCGGUACCACCGGGCACAUCAUGGCCCCGGUGGCCCCCCCCGUGGUUGUGGCUUCGCUGCUGCUGCUGCUGCUGCUGUGCUCCACCUCCUCCGCCGCCCCUCCCCCAACCCCCACCCCUCCCCCCUCCUCCCCCCUCCUGCCCCUCCCCCCUCUGCGCCAGUACUUGGGUCAAUGACCGGGAACCUUCUGGAACACCUGGACCUGCCCCGGACCCACAGGAAGCUCCGGGACGUCUACGAGAAGGGCACGGCCGCCAUGAUGACGUACACGGGGAUCCUCACGGACCAGCUCUACCACUGGUGGCGGGGGAGCAGUGACCCACACCCGGGGGGCGGGGCUGAGCCCCGCACUUGGGGGCAGCGGCCAAUAAAUGGGUCGAACCCGAUUGGGCCCGUCCAAGCCCCGCCCACGGGGGGCGGGGUUUAUUGAGGGGGGAGGGGCGGGGCUGGGGGGGCCCCUCC